AUGGUGGCCAGCUGCGAGGCCGUGGGGGCCGUGGGGGCCGCCUCGACGUGCCCACCGCGACGCUGUGCGGGGCCGGCGGCGACGACGGCGACGACGGCGACGACGACGACGAGGAGGAGGGGGAGGGGGAGGAGGGGGGGGGGUGGUGGUGCGGGGGGGGCACUCCGCGGGGGGCCCGCGGAGUGCCCCCCCCGGCGCCGCAAGCACCGCUACUUCUGGGAGUACGGGGAGCAUCACCCCCCACCGCCCAAGCUGGACCGCAGCCUCACGGCGCCCGAGUGGGACCGCGACACCCUGCCCUCAAACGUGUACCGCUUGGGUGGCGGGCACGGCAAGCGCUCGGCCAAGAAGUCACGGCGCGCGGACGUGGACGACGUCACCCCCAACCCGCGUCGGCUGCUCAACAUUGGCCAGGAGCUGUGCAAGCUCAACGCCGAGAUCGGCGACCUGACGCCCGUCAGCGAGCUGCCGCCGACGGCAAGGCCGCGCUCGCGCAAGGAGAAGAACAAGCUCGCCUCGCGGGCGUGCCGUCUGAAGAAGAAAGCUCAGCAUGAGGCCAACAAAGUGAAGCUGUUUGGGCUCAACGAUGAACAUGACCGGCUGAUGAGCGUUCUGCGCGCCAUCAAGCAGGAGAUUGUUCGGCGCGUUCAGCAGCAGCAGCAGCACGGAGCCAUCCACGAGGCGGAGAGCAUGACGGCCAAGCUGGAGAGACUCAUCAACUCCAGCCUGGGCCAGAUGGUGGCCGGCCACACCCCGGAGUUUGUGAACUUGGUGCUGGAGCGAGUCACCGGCGGGGAUCUCUCGGGGGGACUCCGUCCGGCGCUGGGGGCCGCUGCCGGGGCCGCCGGAGCGCUCUCACGACCCUCGCUGGCUCCCUCCUCGGGGGACUGAGCGGCGGUGGCGGUGGUGGCGGUGGUGGUGGUGG